AUGGGCGUCUUCAGUCGAAUCGGCAGUUCCGCCUGGGCCGAGGCUGGUAUUCCCCGCACUCCCCGCAUCCGCCAGUGUUAUUUCAAUGUUGCAUUCCGCAACCUUCAACUUUCACUUUCACCGUCACCCAUCAUGGCAUCCCAGCAGCCCCCUUACGUGGCAAUCGCUCAGCGAAAGCAAAACGAAUUGGCUGCCUCCAUCCCCUCCGAAUGGCAACUCCCUACCGAGCUCAUCCCUGAGGGCAUGCUCUCACCCGCGGACUCUAUUACCGAAGGCCCAAAGCGAUAUGGCCGAGUGAACGUGAUGAAGAUACCUCGCACUUGCGGUAUACUCACACCAAAGGAACUGGAUAUUACAGAGAACUACGAUGUCCGGGGGUUGGUUUCUGCGAUGACAGAAGGUCAAUUGAAGUCGGAGGAGGUUACCCGGGCAUUCUGUAAGAGGGCAGCCAUCGCCCAUCAACUUACACGCUGUCUCACCGAACCGCUAUUCGAUCGGGCCUUACGUCGCGCACAAGAACUGGAUUACACACUGCGGCAAACGGGCAAACCCGUCGGACCCCUGCAUGGUCUGCCGGUUUCCGUGAAGGAUACAUUCAACGUGAAGGGAGUUGACUCAAGCAUUGGGCUAUCUGCCUUAGCAUUCAAACCUGCCUCAGGGAAUGCAGCGCUUGUGGACCUGCUACAAUCUCUCGGUGCCAUCGUCAUCGCCAAGACGAACAUCCCCCAGACACUGGGGACUCUCGACAGUUGCAACCAUCUUUUUGGACGAACGCUCAAUCCUAUAAAUCGGCAGUGGACUGCUGGAGGCAGUACUGGAGGCGAGGGCGCAUUACUUGCGAUGCGAGGGUCCAUGGUCGGCUUCGGCACAGAUAUUGGUGGCAGCAUUCGUGUACCAGCGAUGUGCCAAGGCAUUUAUGGCUUCAAGCCGAGUAACGGUCGUGUUCCAUAUGGUGGCCAGGAGAGCGGCCAACUAGAGGGCAAAGGCCGGAUUGCUCUGCAACCCGUGGCUGGCCCCUUGGCCCGCUCGGUCGCGGAUCUUGGAGCCGUGAUGGCGGAGAUUGUUCCCCGGGCUGAAUUAUUUGGCGAGGAUUGCAUCCCCGGUUCCUGGCAACCUUUUUCUGUUCCCCAAUCCCUGGCUCCCCCACGCAACUUCACCAUUGGCAUCCUGAAAACGGAUGGCCUUGUCACACCACUGCCGCCGAUUGCUCGUAUCCUGGACGAGGUAGCAAGUCAGCUGCGCCGGACGCCGGGUGUCGAAGUUGUCGAAGUCCCUCUGCCGGCUGCCUUGCCAAAAUGCCAGGGCCUGGCCGGCCGUCUUAUGGGCGUUGAUGACGGGUCGAGCAUGCUAGAUAAAAUUGAGAGCAUGGGCGAGUCUCUUAUACCUUGGCUACAGGGUCGCAUGAAGCGCGGAAAGGCUCUUACCAUCGAUCAGCUAGCUCGGUUACAGGCUCAGCGUGCUGAAAUUGAGUUGGAAAUGUUGAAGAUGUGGACUCUUUCUUCAUCCAAUAAGGGCCGGCGCAUCGAUGCUAUUAUUUGUCCGAUCGCACCGCAUCCAGUUCCACAAAUGGAUCGCUACAAUGCUGUGGGAUACACCUCCACGUUUGUUCUGCUGGACUAUCCAGCUGGUACCGUUCCCGUGCGACCGUUCGUUGAGUCGGAUUUGGAACUUGGACGGGAGAUGGACGCGCCCGUUCUUGGGAGCUGGGAUAAGGCGAAUCGACAACUAUGGACCGAGAAGACUGUCGAUCGCCGCGUGUACCUGGAUUCACCGCUUAGUGUUCAGGUUGUCACUCCCAAGCAGCAUGACUACCAACUGUUCCAAGCAAUGGAGAUCGUCGACCGGGCGGUGCAGGGGAAAACCGGCUUGCCCAGCGCAAAAUUGUAG